AUGAUGGAAAACACAGUGUUUAUGUCAUUUACGUUCUACAGCACGAUCUUGAUUUUAAAAAUGUAUGUCGUUGCCAUCAUUACGGGACAAGUAAGACUCAGAAAGAAGGCGUUUGCAAACCCGGAGGAUGCGCUACGCAACGGGGGGCUGCAGUACUACCGCGAGGACCCCGACGUGGAGCGGUGCCGCAGGGCUCACCGCAACGACAUGGAGAACAUCUUUCCUUUCCUCUUCCUUGGAGCUGUCUACUCCUUGCUGGAUCCCAGUCCUGCAGUGGCCAGGAUCCACUUCUUCAUCUUCUGCGUGGGGCGCAUUGUCCACACCAUCGCCUACCUCCUGCAGCUGAAGGCACCCACGCGCUCCGUGGCCUACAGCGUGGCACAGCUGCCCUGCUUUCUGCAGAUCCUUCUGGCCACCACCCCGUACUGGUAG